UCCCAUCUGCAUUACAAAGUAAGCGGCUGUGGCAGCCGAGUGCUGGAGUAGUUUUUCGUGUUUGCCUGCGUUUGUGCGAUUAAGCAAACCUCUGUGCACUGGAGAAGGAGGAAAUCUUGGAACACCCCUUUUCUUCUGUACUCGGGAGAAAUAAUCAUUUAGUAAGCCAAAACACCAGAAGGCCAAGGGGGAAAAAAAGGAAAAGUGAAGACAUUUCGGUGGAAUUGAGCACUUUCCCCCCCUCCCCUUUCUGUUCCACCACCUUUUUUUUCGUUUUUUUCCCCCCUCCCUUGUUUCUCUCUCUUUCUCCUCCUCUAUCUCCCGCACACACACACACACAGUCUAAACGCAAAUCGUUGGGAUUUGUGUGUGUGUUAGUGUUUUGUUUCUUUUAAUUUCACGGUGAUAAUUUUGCCAAGGGAAAACAGAGGCGCUGGACCUGUCCCUGCCCGUAUUCCCGGUGCUGGGAAGGAGGAUGGACGAGCAGAGCCGGCUGCUACAGACUAGGGGAGCCGGGGCCGGAGCGCCCGCGGGAGCCGGGGCUGGAGGAGGAGGAGGAGGGGGAGGCGGCGGCGGCGGCGGUGGCGGCGGCGGAGGAUCCGGUCCCGGGCACUCAGUCCAGAGCGGCCUUCAGCCUCUGUUGGCUGGGCACCUUCACGAAACAGCCACGGAUAACGGGGAAGGCAGGAAACAGGACAUUGGAGACAUCCUCCACCAGAUCAUGACCAUCACUGACCAAAGCCUGGACGAAGCUCAAGCCAAGAAACAUGCCCUGAACUGUCACAGAAUGAAACCGGCCCUCUUCAGUGUUUUGUGUGAGAUUAAAGAAAAGACUGGUCUCAGUAUUCGCAGCAGUCAGGAGGAGGAACCCGUGGACCCCCAGCUGAUGCGAUUGGACAACAUGCUGCUGGCGGAGGGGGUAGCCGGGCCGGAGAAAGGCGGCGGCUCGGCGGCGGCCGCUGCUGCUGCCGCAGCGUCUGGGGGCAUCUCGCCCGACAACUCGAUCGAGCACUCGGACUACCGGGCGAAGCUGGCCCAGAUCCGGCAGAUCUACCACACCGAGCUGGAGAAGUACGAGCAGGCUUGCAGUGAGUUUACGACACAUGUGAUGAACCUCCUGAGGGAGCAGAGUCGAACGAGGCCCAUCUCCCCAAAGGAAAUUGAGCGGAUGGUCGGGAUAAUCCAUCGGAAGUUCAGCUCCAUCCAGAUGCAGCUAAAACAGAGCACGUGCGAGGCAGUCAUGAUCCUCCGGUCCCGGUUCCUGGACGCCAGGAGAAAGAGACGUAACUUCAGCAAGCAGGCCACAGAGAUUCUGAACGAAUACUUUUACUCUCACCUCAGUAACCCUUACCCCAGUGAGGAGGCCAAGGAAGAGCUGGCAAAGAAGUGUGGCAUCACUGUAUCGCAGGUCAGUGUAUCGCAGGUAUCCAACUGGUUUGGAAACAAGCGAAUCCGAUAUAAGAAGAACAUUGGUAAGUUCCAGGAGGAGGCUAACAUUUACGCUGUUAAGACCGCCGUCAGUGCUACAGCUGCCUCCCAGAACAGCCAGGCAAACUCGCCCACCACUCCCACCUCGGCAGGUUCCUCUGGAUCGUUUAAUCUAUCUGGCUCUGGCGACAUGUUCAUGGGAAUGCAAGGGUUAAAUGGGGAUUCAUACCCUGGGGCUCAGGUGGAGUCACUACGUCACUCCCUGAACCAGACUGGGAGCUACGGCGAGGGACUGGGUGUCAGUCAGAUCUACAGCCCCCGGGAUGUGAGGGCUAAUGGAGGGUGGCAGGAUGCAACCACUCCCUCUUCAGUGACAUCACCUACGGAAGGUCCCGGAAGCGUGCACUCGGAUACCUCCAACUGAUCUCCCCACCACAGCCCCCCUCCCCACACGCCUACCCCCACCCAGGCGAUGGAACCGUGUGACCACCCCCACCCCUUUUGCCCGAUGGGCUCUCUCCAAGUGCUGGCCAACCGGAAGAGAAGACGACCAUAAAGGAGAGAUGAUGAGUUUGGGGGGUGGGGGGUGGAGAUUUUUAAGACACGGACACACACAUACGGACACACACAUACGGACACACACAUACGGACACACACAUACGGACACACACACACGGACACACACACACGGACACACACACACGGACACACACACACGGACACACACACGGA